AUGGCCCUCGGCCUGCUGCUGAUUUUGCUGUCUUGUGCCCUGUUCAACAAUUGGUGGCUCCUCUUCGUCAUGGCGUUCUACUUCCUGUCGCCCAUCCCGACGAUGUUCGCCAACAAGAUCGACGAGCACCGGCAGAAUGCCAGCUUCGGCCUCAGCGGCGGCGAUACGUCUGGUGUCCGCGACGCCGGCAACUUCAUGUCAGCCUUCCUGCUGGUCUCGGGCUUCAGCUUCCCGCUGGCUCUGCUACGUGGCGAUGUGGUCGAAGGUGCCGCUGCCGGCAUGGCCUGCGCCGGUGGCAUCGUCUGCUUCCUGUCGCUGGCGGUCUACGCCAAGCGCUACUCGAACAACGACAGCGCGGGUGCUUUCUGA